CAGCAGACUUCAGGGAGUUAAUGGAAGGAGCACGAACAAAGAUGUCUUCACUUUUCUGCAAACUAACUACCCUGCAUGUUAUAUCUGCUGUUAUUCUGAUCUUUCUGAGUUUACCUUUAGUGGACACCACAUAUUGGGACUCGGUCUAUCACUACCAGCAAAGGCCAGUGCCUGACCCUGGAUCUAUUAUCAAAGCUAAUAAUGAGGUUGUAGUACUGCGUGGGCACUCAGUGUCUUUGGACCCUUUCAACCACCUUCUUAUUAAGGUUCAACCUGGAGAUCGGUGCUAUUUAACAGUUCUGGGCCAAGAACCACUGGCACAGAAAUUUGGGAUGCUCUCACCUAAAAAAUUCCCUUGUUCUUUCAAAAAAGGAGAUGUUGAAUAUGUGCAUUUUGGCUCUCAGAGUGGUGGAAUGGAUUGCGUGAAACUCCAGCUGAGAUAUGACACGAAAACAGAUACCAUCGUCCUUCCUCUCACCUUACGAGUUGCAGUGGCCCCGAAUGCACAACGGCUUGUGACAUUAAACCAACCCUUAGUAGUAGAUAAACAGAAUGGCUACAGUAAUCCCAUCAAUUCCCAAGGACUUGCGAUUACAUUCAGUGACUCAAGAUGUGUCCUGACACCCCUUAUUGGUAAGGGUGGUUAUCCCAGGUAUGGAUCACUUAUGAAUUACUUUCCUAACUCACAACCAGUAGACUGUAAUGUAUUUCUUAACCUUGGUGUGCGCUACAAACUUAAGCCUGUUACAGGAUCACCCAAAGUAGAUUUUGUACCUUUUGUGGUAGAGAGAUGGGAUAAUCAGGACAGGAAGCUACAGCAGGAGCACUUCCAGUUCAAAGUCAUCAUAGAUGGUACAGCAGUAAACAGCCCUCCUAAACCAAGUUUCAUCUCACUGAUGAUGAUGGAAGUAAGUCAGUUUGUGAUGACAGCAAUUACUGCUGAUAUGCUAGCAGCUGAGGAUCUAGAAUCUGAUCUGGAUGACCUGGUAUUCAAAGUGAUCUCUCCUCCAGAGCAAGGUAUUAUCAUUAGCACUGAUAAUCCAAAUCAACCCAUUAGUGCUUUUUACCAGAGAGACCUUCGGGAUCUGAAAAUUGCUUUCAAGCCUCCAGGAGAGGACUCUGAUUCUGAGAGGAUUCUACACACUGAGUUUGAGGUUGUUGAUCAAGAAGGUUCUACGUCAGAUCCCUUCUCUUUUAUGAUUGUGGUAAAGCCCAUGAAUACACUGGCUCCAGUUGUUACCUUGAAUGCUGGUCAGUUUCUUUUUGAGGGCCAGUCCAGACCACUCUCCAGCAAACUAAACCUGCGCAUCAGUGAUGAAGACAACCUUGCAGAUGUCAGGAUAUCUGUCGUCCAUGGGUUGCGUCAUGGAACUCUAACAGUUCUUGGAUCGCAGAGGAAAUUUUUCACACCAGAUGACUUGGAGACUAGUGUGGUCAUGUAUGAGCAUGAUGGCACUGAGACUUUCAGUGACAACAUUGUUUUCCGGAUGACGGAUGGGAAAAAUGAGGUAGAGUUCUUGUUUCCGGUUACUAUAAUCCCACAAGAUGAUGAGCCACCUGUUGUUAAUGUGAACACAGGGUUGGUUAUGGUGAAGGGAGAGACUAAACAGAUUUUGCCAGCUGUAUUAAGUGCAACAGAUGUAGACUCUGAAAACAGGCAACUGAAAUUCAUUCUAGUUUAUCCGUAUUCCUCAGUGGGGCAAGUGCUUCUCAGACAACCUCAGACCCCUGAAGACAUUUCUUUAUGGAGAUAUAGUGACUCUAACCAUGUGUUUGAACGAGUGGCUGUGGAGUGGUAUUUCAGCGACAUCUUAGAAGGAAAGCUAUACUAUCGCUAUAUUGGCCCCCCAUUAACAUCCACAAUUACAGACCACUUUAGCUUCCGAGUUGAAGAUGACAACAACCCUCCAAACCAAUCAGGAGAGCACAUCUUCUACAUCAAGAUUCAUCCAAUUGAUGAUCUGGCUCCAGAACAGUUUCCUGGAACCACGUUAUGGGUCCCAGUUCGGGAAUACGAACUGACUAUCCUUAACAGGGACAUGCUGCACUUCACUGAUCUCACUUCUGCUGACAAGGACCUCUGGUAUACAAUCAACUUCCCAUCUUUUAACCAGGAAGCGACCCAAGAACAAAGCUUCCUGGGUCACUUUGUUUUGACUGACAAUCCAAAUACCAUAAUUGUGGAAUUUACCCAGGCACAGAUUAAUUAUGGCAAAGUGGCUUACAAGCCUCCCGAUCAGGAAAUUGGUGUUACAACAAGAGAAAUCCAAUUCGCAUUUACAGUUAAGGACGCUGCUGGAAACUUGGCCAGUGGUCGAUUAACCAUUGUGCUCCAGCCAGUGAACAAUAAACCUCCACAAAUGACCAACACUGGGUUGAAUGUGGUGAGUAAGAGCACCUACGUCAUUGGCAAAGAUGUCUUGGAUGUAACAGAUCAGGACACGGUUUCAGAGAACAUUACCUUCACAGUGAUACAGACCCCAAACAAAGGGGUGCUCAGAUGCCGGGAAAAAGAUCUCACAACCAAGAAAAUCUUCCAGCUAAGUGACAUAGAGGCAGGUUUGCUUGUUUAUGUCCACGGUGGAAGUGGAGACUCACUACAUGAUCAAUUUAAAUUAGAUGUUAGUGAUGGUAUUCAUCAUGUACCUAUAACUGUGAGAGUCAAUAUAAGGCCCAUUGAGCCAGUUAUCCCAGUGGUCACCAUACAUCCAGGAACAUUAGACAUAACCGUUGAUGUAACUGAGAAUGGAAUAGUUAAGAUUACAUCUGAGGAUUACAGGCCAAACGCUGAAGGCAUCAGUAUAACCCUUAAAGUGGAAUCCACUCCCAGAUUUGGUGUAAUCCAGGUAAAUAAAGUCCUGUCUAAUAUAUUUACACUUCGCAGCUUGAUAAAUGGUGCUGUGACCUACAUUCAUACAGCUGGCGAGGUAGGACCAGCCAGGACUAAUGAUUCUUUUAGUCUUACUGUCUCUGGCAAAUGGAUUGUGAAUGGCAAAAUGAUUCAAAAUGUCAUGGUUCAUGUGUCUAUUCAUCCUGUGGAUAACAGUCCACCUGUCGUCCGCAUAGGGGAGCAGUUUACUGUAGAGGAAGGAGGUAAAAAUAUUAUUAAAGAGGACAACAUACAAGCUAGGGACCUGGAUACAGAAAUAGAAUUUAUUCUGUGCACUAUAAUGACACAGCCAUCUUUUGGAUUUGUUGAAAAUGUUUCUCCUGCACCAGGUUAUGAAAAGUCAAGAUCGGGGAUUGCAGUUAGUGCAUUCACUGUGAAAGAUAUUCAACUUGGACAUAUUCACUAUGUCCAAAGUGUUCAUAAAGGUACAGAGCCAGUGGAGGAUAGGUUUACCUUUCAGUGCACCGAUGGAACCAACUUUUCUGAUAGACACAUUUUCCCUGUCAUCAUCACCCCAGCAAACGAUGAGGAACCUGUCGUGUUCUGUCGGGAAUUUGUGGUAAUGGAAGGCAUGAGCUUGACAAUUGACAUUCCUAUUCUUAAUGCAAUAGACAUUGAUAUUCCCAAAGACAUCCUGGAAUUUGAGAUUGUUACCAGUCCAAAGCAUGGCAGAAUUGUUCAGCAUCUUACAAAUAGGACAGAUCUGAUUGUUAAGUUCAGACUGGAGCAAAUCCAAGCUGCUUCUUCAAUCAUGUAUGAACAUGAUGGCUCGGAGACGAUGAACGACACUUUUAGAGUAAGACUGACUGACGGGAAACAUGUGGUUGAAAAACAAAUUGUUGUUUUGAUUCUGCCUGUGGAUGAUGAAACACCAAGAUUGUCUGUAAACAACGGACUGGAGGUUGAGAUAGGAGAAACUAAAAUAAUCACGAACAGACUUCUUAAGGCUACUGACCUUGACUCAUUGGACUCCAAUCUUACUUUUAUCCUUAGACAGGCACCAUCUCAGGGAUUUUUACAGCGUUUGGAUCAAUCUGUAAAUUUGACCAAUGGAAUGAACUUCACUCAGGAAGAUAUUGAUAAAGCACUUAUUCAGUAUAUUCACACGGGGCAAGGAGGUGUUCGAGACCUUCUAAAAUUUGAUGUGACUGAUGGCACUAAUCCUCUAGUGGACAGAUACUUCUAUAUCACUGUGGGAGCUGUGGAUAAAGUAUUCCCAAUAGUCAUAAACAAAGGUGUGAUGCUACCUGAAGGAGGUUCAGUGAUCUUGACGACAGACAUCCUCAGUACAUCGGAUCUAAACAGCCCCGAUGAGCAUCUCCGCUUCAUCAUUAUACGCCCCCCAUCUCGAGGACGUCUUGAGUGCACAGAUCUUCCUGGUAUUCCUGUCACUUCCUUUACCCAACUCCAGUUAGCUGGGAGUAAGAUCCGAUAUGUACACACCUCACUAGAGGAAGCCCGUUUGGACAGCUUUGAAUUCCAGGUCACGGAUGGUCGGAAUGUAGUGUUUCGGACGUUCCGUGUAUCCAUCACAGAUGUGGAUAAUAAGCGACCAGUUUUGAGUGUGCACUCACUUGUUUUGGGUCAAGGCACAGCAAAAUGUAUUACACCUUUCGAACUUGGAGUAGAGGAUCAAGACACACCUCAUCACCUUCUCCGUUUCUCAAUCACACGAGGGCCUGUACAUGGGAAGAUACUUUACAACAGUACACGCUCUGUUACCACAUUCACCAAAGAGGACCUGAGGGAGAACCUCAUUACAUACAAGCAUGACGGGUCGAACCAUGGGGAGGACACCAUCAUGUUCACGGUCACAGAUGGAACCCACGCUGGGUUCUAUGUGCUCCCAGAAAUGGAGUAUGAAACUAGCAAACCUCAGGUUCUCACGAUCAGGAUUAGUCUGGAGGAACGAGUGACUCUGAGAAUAGUAGUGAACCGUCCAGCUUUGUCUCUUACUGUGCUGAAGACAGGACAGCUGGGCUUCAGGUUCUCCAGGAAAGUGCUCAGAACUGUGAAAAGCACACAAGGGACGGAAGUGAGGAGUGUGGAUUUGAUAUACAGAUUGACAGAACCUCCAAGAUAUGGCUUUAUCAGACACUCUGAUCUGAACAACACCAAUACCUUCACUCAAGCUGAUAUCAAUGAUAUGAAGAUCUAUUACAUCCUUCUUGAUGGAGUCAAUGCCACCACGGAUGUUUUUACAUUUACUGUUGAAGACAAAGAGGGAAACCAUCUGCGUCCAGAGUUAUUCCGGCUCCACUGGUGCUGGGUGUCCUUCGAGAAGCGGAUUUAUCAAACAGAGGAGAAGAACAACUUGCUGGAGAUCACGCUGAAGCGCAGAGGUUAUCUCGGAGAAACCUCAUUUGUUACUAUCAGUACAGUAGAUGGCACUGCGGUACUUGGUCAGGAUUUCCAGGUUAGCCCCCAGCGUCAGGUCCAGUUUAGUCCCGGUCAGACCCGGGCCACAUGGAGGCUGCGAGUCCUUGAUGACGAGUUAUAUGAGAUAUCUGAGAGUUUCCAGAUUGUUCUCUCUGACCCUGUGCUGACAUUACUGGAGCAUCCAAACGUUGCAGCUGUAGAACUUGUUGACCUGGAAGAUGAGUCCACAGUGUUUUUCUCCCAGAGUGAGCUAAAGGUAGAGGAGGAUGUGGGAGAGCUACUGAUCCCUGUUCAUCGCCGAGGAGACAUCAGUCAGGAGCUCAUGGUCACAUGUUACACACAGCAAGGCAGUGCGAGAGGAACCUCCCCUGGCUCUGUGCUCUCCUUCUCUGAUUACAUUUCCCGGCCCGAUGAGCGCUCCAGUGUCCUCCUCUUCCACCGAGGACAAAGAGAGAGUGUGUGUCGCGUCCUCAUCAUUGAUGACUCGCUGUAUGAAGGCCAGGAGAGUUUUAAUGUCACGCUGGCCACGCCCAUGGGUGGGCGAUUAGGGGCAGAGCACCCCAGCGUUCAUGUCGUUAUCCUGCCGCAUCGUGAUGAUGAGCCGUCUGUGUUCUUCAGUAAGAGUGUGUAUGCAGUGGAGGAGAGCGCAGGUGUGAUGGAGGUUCAGGUCUGCAGGAGAGGAUCUGAUCUUUCUCACCCAACUACAGUCACUAUCACCUCCACCUCCACACAGCCACCAUCUGCCCAGGCUGGUGUGGAUUACGUGGCAGUGGGCCUCAGUGUUCACUUCGCACCUGACGUCACUGUGAUCACAGUGAAGGUUCUGAUUCUGGAUGAUGUUGGCGAACCGGUGCUGGAAGGUCCAGAACAUUUCCAGCUGGGUUUGAGCAUGCCCAUGAAUGGCACGUUGGGACAUCCAAUCAGAGCCCUCGUUACCAUUGACGAUUCAGCAACUGAUGUUCCCUCUGUGCAGUUCGCAUUCUCAGAGUACAGUGUGGACGAGGCAGAUGGCAGCAUUGUCGUCAUAGUGAUCAGAUCAGGUGACCUGACGCAAAGGUCAGAGGUCAGGUGUUACACACGCCAAAGCUCCGCCCAGGCCAUGAUGGAUUACAACGAGAGACCGGACACCGAUUUGUCCAUCGUCACCUUUCAGCCAGGAGAGCGAGAGCAGAAGUGUGAAGUCACUUUAGUCGACGAUUCUGAGUAUGAAGAAGAGGAGGAGCUUCGUUUGGUUCUUGGAAUCUCCAGCAGCCAAUCAGCAGCGAGGAUAUCUCUGGGAAAACGGAGAGAGACACUGAUCAGGAUUUCAGAUCGAGGAGACAAACCUGUCAUCCAGUUCUCCGAGACACGGCUCUCUGUGCGAGAACCGAGGAACCGUGACGAGACGGAGACUGUGCGAGUGUCAGUGCAGCGUUUGGGAGAUUGUUCCAGAACAUCCAUCGUGCGAGUGCACACACGGGACGGAUCAGCCACCGCCGGAGAGGAUUACACACCUGUAUCAGUGGAGCUGCAGUUCACUGAAGGUCAGAAGCUGCAUGUUGUGGAAGUCUCUGUGCUUUAUGACACUGAGAGGGAAACCAGAGAGACUUUCACUGUUCACCUCAAACCUGAUGAUAACAUGGUGGCUGAUAUACAGAACACUAAAGUAAUAGUGCACAUAGACGAGGGGCCGUCUGUAGGGGGCGUCACUUUUCCUGCGGUUCCUGAAGUCGUGAGUCUCUUGGUCUAUGAGAGAGAACACACUGGAACACACACACACUCCGGUCACGGCACACACACUCCUCCUGGAUACCCGCUCGUGUGUGUGACUGCAUGCGACCCACAGCACUCUCGGUUCUCGGCACUCUCGUCACUGUGUGUGUCUGAGGGUGUGAAUGACACUCUGACCGAAUUCCGCUGGCUGGUGGGCGGGGCUGAGAGGGCUGCGGUGGGGCAGUUGGGCGAGGCGGUGGGGCAGUUGGGCGAGGCGGUGGGGCAGCUGAGUGAGCUCGAGGCGAGUGUGUUCAUGGCUCCGGUGAGGGCCAAGCUGCUGGAUGGAGUGUAUUUCCGCGCAGGGUGGAAGGUGCAGUGUGUGGCGAGGGCCGUGAGUGUGUCGGGGCAGAGGGGGCUGGAACUGAGCAGCACUGUAGUGCACAUCAGCACAGAAGAGGGUAUGUGUCAGUCACACACUCCUGGUGUGGUAGGCGCCGAGCCAUUUUCCGCUCACAUCCGUUACACCGGCUCAGAGGACCGAGAUCACCCUCACCUCGUGGCGCUAACCAUCAGCUUGCCUCACACAGACGGUCUCUUGCCGCUGAUCUCCACUCGGCCUCUCUCGUGGUCAGAUGCUCUGAGUGCGGAUGUGUCUCGUGCUUUUAGCCAUCGCUGCUCCAAUCUGCUCGAUCAGCACGAGGUCACCACUCGCUACGGGUUUGUCCCGAACAACUCCACACACACACACUCACACACUCUGUGGAGCCCGAGUACACGCCGAUUCUACAGCAACCUGGACCUGGAGGCGUGUGUGUGGACGUUCCGGGCGUAUUAUGACCUGUCGGAGCUGCUGAGCGUUUGUGGUGGGACAGUUAGCACAGACAGACAGGUAAAUCUGGUGCAGUCGUUCGUAUCUUUGCGGCUGCCACUAUUCGUCUCGUACCUGUACCCUGCCUCGUCGGGCUGGAUGACCUUCGACCUGCGCACUGAGCUGCGGCUGAUGUUCGUCUACGACACGUCUAUUCUGUGGCAGCAAGGCAUCUCCAGCCCUCUUGAUACCGAGCUACAGGGUUCUCUGUAUCCCACCAGCAUGAGAAUAAAUGAUGAAGGCCGCCUGCUGGUCACGUUCAGGACAGAGGCUCGUUUUCGGGGACAGUUUAUACUGUUACACUCCGGUUCCUCGCUGCAGUCGGGGGUGAGGUGUGUGGAUCAGCCUGCGCUCUCCUUCUCUCUGUCUCUGAUUAGCACCGAAUCCACCUUCGACCAGCCGACUCAGACCUGGAGCUUCACCUCUGAGUAUGCGGUGCGAGAUUACUCAGGCUCCUACAUUGUGACUUUGGUCCCCUGUGUAGCUCCGCCCACUGUGGGCUACACCAACCCACCUGUUUGUCAUCCCCAACAACCAAUCACGUUCAGCCUGGAUGUCCGUUUUCAGCAGGUGAGCGAUGCGGUGCCAUCCGAGUUCACUCUGAACACACGCCUCUAUCUGAUGUCUAAGCGAGAGCUCUGGUUGUCUGAUGGCUCCAUGGGGUUUGGAGAAGAAGCAGAUGUGGUGUUCUCUGAAGGUUCUCGGAUAUUCGGUCGUGUGAUGGUGGACCCCCUGGCAAAUCUCGGCUCUUCCGUCUUGUGUCAGAUCGAGAAGGUGUUCCUGUGCGCCGGGGCGGAUGGAUACGUGCCGAAGUACCGACCGAGUAGCGGCGAGUUCGGCUGUCUGGCUGACGCAACUGCCCUCGUGUACAGACUCAAGAUUUUGGACAAGUCUUCAGCACACACUCAGGAUGAGAUGUUUGGUGGUGUGUGGUUUGACGCUCAGUUGGCGGAGAACACUUCAGGAGCUGAGGCUCUUGUCCAGCAGGCCGGCUCAGACGGCUUCAGCUUCUCUUCUGCGCCGCUUUUUCAGGUCGCUGCGGGUCGCCAGUGGUACGUCCAUGUAGUUUACACCGUCCACGCCGGAACAGGACGCAAACGUCACACCAGGAGCGAGAGAGACCAUCACGCUAUAAUACCAUCAAACCCAGGCUUUACGAAAGAUGAGCCAAUAGGACGGCAGAACAGCCGUGGCACUAACCUCCAGCCAAUCAGCAUCCAGAGUGCGGCGAGUGCGUUACACGUCCCUGCUGGAGCUGCGUCAGGUCUGGACGUGGACUCGCACACGAUCGAGGAAACACACGGAAAUCAGCCUAAAGUUUUGAUGUUCCAGGCAGCCAUGGUGCUUUUAGCCGUCACAGUCUUCCUGACUGGAGUCACACUCUGUGUGUGUGUGUUCAGAAAAAGGAAAACACAGACCACGAAGAAACACACACACUCUCUGAGACCGAACACACACUCUGUGUCAGCACACACCCGGCCUGCUGGACCACACACUUAUUCUGGUUAUCCCAGGGGGAGGCAGAGAGAGCGAGAGCAUUCUGGAAACUCUGAAGUCUGAUGGCUGAACGCUGGACAAGGACACACACACACACACACACACACACACACACUGUCUGAGGUCAAACACAAGCUCAUUGAUUUGUGACAUUGAUCUGUGAUUGGGUGAAAUAAUGGAGAUGACAGUAACAGAAAUGAGCUGAUCAUUUGUGCUUCAUCACAAUGUGACUACAUUUUAAAAA